AUGAACGACGAAGAGAAACUGGUUUCAGAACGUUUAAGUCAGCUCAAAUCAGGUGUUAUUCUGGUGAAACAAAAAUUAAAUGGAAAAAAAUAUCCACGUCGAUUUUUUCUCAAUGAACAUGAAGAUUAUAUAACAUAUGACAAGUCACGGCGAAUCUGUAGACGACCUCACAGAUAUAACAUCAAGGAUAUUAAUGAGAUUCGAACUGGUUUUCAUUCUGACACGUUUGGUCAACUGCUCAAAACUCACCGUAUCAAAGCAACUGACGAAAAUCUUGCACUCUCUAUUAUGUACAAUAAUCAUCGAAAUGAACUCCAUCUGAUGGCUCCAGAUAAAGAUAUACGAGAUCUGUGGGGGUCGACGAUACAAUAUCUUCUCGAUAGACACUCACGAAAAAGUCUUUAUCAUCUGCUUCACGAAAAAAAUUGGAUCAUGAAGUACUUUCAUACUGCUGAUACCGACGGGUCAAAUUCAUUGACGAAAAAAGAAUGCCGCCGAUUACUUACCAAUUCUUUGAAUGUUAAAGUGCCUGAUGACAUAUUCGAAGAACUUUUCAAGACAGCAGAUCAAAGUCAAGAAGGACUUCUCAGUCCUGACGAGUUCAUUGCCUUCUUUCACCUACUUACUCGACGAAAAGAUCUCUACCACAUCAUGCAACAACAUAUCGCUAAUGGACAAUCACGAACCAUUGAAGACAUUCAUAUGAACAUCGCAGAACUUCUCACAUUUCUCCAAACUGUUCAACAUCAAAUGAUGACAGUGACCACAAACUGGGACGAUGGAAAAAGUGAACUAUCAGGUGAAUAUAUCGAACGACCAGAACAAGUACAGAAGCUCAUCGAUGAGUUCGAACUGAACAGCGAACUGCGAGAACAAGGACUCAUGAGUCUGGAUGGAUUUCGCAACAUGCUGUUGUCGAGUGAAUUUGAUAUCGCCAAUCCACUUUUCACUCGUCAGAUCUAUCAGGACAUGACCAGACCGCUAUGUGACUACUACAUCAACACAUCACAUAACACAUACUUGUUCUACAGUCAGUUGAGUGGUGAAAGUAAUCCUGAAGCAUAUAAUCGAGCAUUGUUGACCGGUUGUCGAGCAGUUGAACUGGAUUGCUAUGAUGGAAGUGAUGGGCAGCCCAUCGUGACCCAUGGUUUCACACUAGUGAAGCCAUGUCGAUUCGAGUCGAUCAUUCGCUACAUGGAACCGAAUCUGUUCAAAACCUCGCCAUAUCCGGUGAUACUGAACAUCGAGAAUCACUGUUCGACUGAACAGCAAAAAGAGAUGGCUCGAAUCUUGAAAGAAAUAUUAGGAGAUCGACUAAUUACCAAACCGUUAACGGAUGAAUUUUCUCUAACUUUACCAUCUCCUAGAGAUCUGGAAUACAAAGUACUUGUUCGAAGUCGAAAAAGUGCCAAAAUAACUGAACCACACGGUUUGAUUCAAUUGGAAGAUGAUGACGAUUCAAUUUUUGAUCCACUAAGUAAAAAUAUACAGAAUGAUUUAGCUGAAUUAUUUGUUUAUUUACAAAAUGUGCCCUAUCGAGAAUACGAAUACGCAAAAAUCCAUUACUCGUCGUUCCAUUCGUCUUCCUUAGUAGAACAUCGUUUUGAAAAAAUCUCUCGUGACAAUCCAACUGAUCUUAUUCUUCAAACAACAUGGCGCAUCAUACGAACAUAUCCCGGUGGCCUAAGACAAGACUCCAGUAAUGCAAAUCCGAUCAAUUCGUGGAACUGUGGAGUGCAGAUGGCUGCGCUCAACUAUCAGAACGAAGAUGAUAUUAUGCCAUUAUGCUAUGGAAAGUUUCUCGACAAUGGUGGAUGUGGAUAUAUUCUGAAGCCGGACUAUCUGAUUAAUGCGCAGAACACGAAGUACAAUCCACUGAAUCCGAAAUCAGGUGUAGAUCUUAGUGAAACGUUGACAUUGACUGUGAUUAGUGCACAGUUUUUAUCUCGAUCUAACGCAACUACAAUGGAUAUUCCGGAUCCUUAUGUAAUUAUAUCGAUUGAUGGCGUUCCGUGUGAUCGACAAAUACAAAAAACAGCGGUUGUUAAUAACAAUGGUCUUGAUCCAAUUUGGAAUGAGAAAUUCAUAUUUAAAGUCAAAUAUCCUCAGAUGGCACUCGUCUAUUUUAGGGUUUAUGACUAUGAUCCGUUUUCGCCUGACGACAAACUUGCCCAUUUCUGCUUACCGUUUACAGCAAUACAAACAGGUUGGUCCGUCGCUUUUUUGUUACAUACCAAUUCGUAA